AUGCCUCUGGGGCUACUCUUGCCUUUGGCCAUCUUCUGGGGGAUCGUGGCUGGGACCGACCAGACCCCUGCCCAAGUGCGUGACGCAGGGUGGCUCUUUCCUGAAGUGAAGAACGAGCCCUUCUACCUCGUCUGGCUGGAUAGCCUAGGGUCCAUUGCGAACAUCAACUUCAGUGCUUGGGUGACAACGCUGCCCAGUCUUGCAGUGAUGUUGGUCGUGUCGACUAUGGACUGCGUCCUCAAACUCCACGCCACAGAGAGCAAGCUGCCGCUGAAGGUGUCCACAGAUGAUGAAGCGUUCAAAUUCGGCAUCUUCAACUACUUGCUCGCGUGCUGUGGCGCUGCAACCGGCUACAUGCAGCUGAAGUUCAACGUCAUCAGCUACGGAGUCAUGCGAAAUGCGCACGACCGCAGGGCAGGGAUGAUCUACGCCAUUUUCUGCGGCGCGGCCUACUUCAGCACGGUGGAACACUUCAACUACCUUCCCAAGCUGUUCCUGAGUGCGCUUUUGUUCUUUGCCGGUGCGGGCUUCGUCACGGACAACAUGUGGGGCUCGCGGAAGUUCCUCCACUUCAGCGAGUGGCUGGAGAUCCUCAUCUGGGCGGUGGUUGCUGGACUGGUUCUUUCUGGACUUGCCUUCAUCGCCAAGUACGCUCGGGUGCCCUCCAUGGAUGGAAGACCCAAGCGAGGUGACCAGGUGAUCACGCGUGAGCGCCCGGUGGGCGAGGUCGGCCACCAGAGCUUCAUGCACAUCGCCUCCGCGUGGAUCUUGAUUGUGAACCUCAAGGGCUACGUCUUCUUCAGCUCCUGCGUGGCCGUCAUGAGUUCCGUCGAGGCGUACUUCAAGAAGGAGGACGAGAACAAGGUUAUCUGGUGCAACAUCAAGGAUGACCUGGCCGAGGAGCUUCGGGUGCGACACAUCCUGCAGUCCAUGGAGGAUCGCUUCGAAGACUUGGACAACGCGAUGACUCACCUGGAGAAGCGCAUUCUGAAGUACAAGAUGAAUCAGCAGGAAGAGUGGAUGAACCUUCACCCCGCUUUCCGGCGAGACAGGGCGCUGAUGCUGCAACGGGUGAACUUCGAGCCCUUCAGGGAGGUGUUCUUGUCUGACGGUGCCCGUAUGGGCUGUCCGUGGCGGUACUGCAGCCGCUUGCCAAUCAAAGCUUUCAAGACCCUGCUGUGUGUGCCGGGCGACCAGCACAGACCGCUUUACUUGAUUCACUCUGGCGCCAUCGCAAUCCUGGAUGAAGUUCCCGACUCGGAUCAGAUCAUGGACGUCCAUGCCUCCUGGAAGAAGCCGCGCGUCAUCCUCCGACAGGGCUGGUUCGUGAACGAGAAGACCAUUUUUGGCCAGCCUUCUUCCAGCUACGCCCUGGCCGUGGAAGAUGGGGAGGUCUUGUUCUGGACGGAGGAGCAGUGGUGGAAGAUGACCAACGAGCACCCGCUGAUGAUGAUGGAGAUCUCGAAUGCCGUGAUGAGACAGCAGGGAGAGCACCACUUCCACCGAGAUCCGGAGAAGUCGCGCAGGUCCUCCGAGCUGAGCAUGGAUGACAUCGACACGGAGCAGCUGAUGAGACGCGAGGUGUCCCCGUCAGAAAUCGAGGCAGUUGAGGAGGAGGAAGACUCGGAGGAGGAAGAGCUGAUGAUCCCAGAGAGGAACCAGGAGGAUGAAAUGCUCCCCCCGACCACCUACACCUCCAACGCCUCCAUUGGCUCCUACGUGUAUCAGUCAAAACAGGAGCUGAAGAAGUUGCCGCAGCUUCAGACAAGGAUUCUUGUGGGGGCAAAUGAGAGGAUUAUGGAGGUGCACUUUGCCCGGGCGCUGGGCGAGCAGGGCUUCUUCAGGAAGACGGGAGAUCCUGGCUACCUCCCAGACCUGCCCAAGAUUUUGAGCGAAGACCUGCGCCUUGCCUACUUCACCUUCGCGGAGAAGAGCGACACGACUGGAGACUUGUCGGGAAAGAUCAUGCUGCCUGCCAGCCGAGUGAUUGAUGCCCUGAUGUACGUCGGAAUCUUCCACAUCUUGUCUGAGGAAGUCAACCAGAAGGACGUCACGCUCGAGGAGUUCCUGGCAUUGGGUCGCGAGUGCCACCUCGCCCGGCUGCUGCCAGAGCAGAUGCAGAAGAUCGAGGAGCUGUGCGUUGACCAUGAGCACAUGGUGAACGGUGAGAUGCAGUUGCGAGUGGCCGAUGUGUCGCACAUGCUGAAGAUGCUCUUCGGUAUUUACCUGGACUUUGCCAUCAAUGAUGCUGUGACCUCAGCAUGGGGGCAGGAAACCUGGCCCGACACGCACGUGACCCACAAGCAGUUCGCUGGCAUCGUUUCGUGGUAUGUGAAGCGGCGCGAACGCGACUGGAGGUUGCUCCAAGGGGUGUUUGACCUCAUGGGCAAGGAAAACCUGGUUGGGAGCUUGAACAAAGAUCUCCUCGAGGACUGCCGAGCACGACAUUCCGACGACACCGGCGGAGACACGACGCCGCACGAGGAGAUGCUGUGGGCAGCAGAUUGGAUCAGGCGUGGUGAAGGAAAAGGCACUCACCUGGACACAUGCAGCCUGCUCACAGUCUUCCUCACAAAUCUGCAGCGUGGGAAAGGCCGCCUUCCGCCCAAGUCCGCGAUGUCCGAGCAAGAGGUGCGGCCGAAGCGGGCUUGGGAUCGGCACACCCAGAGGGCCCUGAAGAAGAACCUUGGGGAGGGUUUAGGGUUUUAG